AUGAUAUUGAAGAAUUAUGAUCUUAUGUGUAUUACUCAUAUAGUGCAGAGGAAAAUAAAGCAUAAGGUUUUAUUAAGUAUGGAGAAGAGAAUUUUAAAUAGAUUACACACUACAACUUAACCAUCAGCUAAAUAUUUGAGAUUAACUAUUGAUGGUAAUGUUGAAUAAAUUAUAUUCUCAUCUUAAAUAGGAGCUUAUGUUGAUAACACGGAUGUCUUGAAUAACUAUGCUCAUGUUAAUUCAUAUCCUGAAUUGGAUACUACUCCAUAGAAUUAUUAGUUAAUUAAGGAUCCAAUUAAUAGAAAACCAGAAGAUGAACUUUUCUUAAGAGAAUUUGGAGAAGAGUAAAAAUUCCCACUUGAAUACUCAAUUAUUGGAUGGUAUAAAUGCAUUAAAGGAACUUCUGUUAAUCAAUGGUUGAAUUUAAAUAGAAUGUUAUAAAAGAAAGAGCCUACAAAUAAACUAAUAUUGCUUUAGACAAUUCUUUGUUUAUCAUGGAUAUUAAAGAAAUGA